UAUAGGACAUGUAAUUCCAUGCCAUUUAUCAUACUUUUGUGUUGCUGCUUUGAUGAGCAAUGGGAGCGAGGCUUGCGGCUAUUUAAACCCAACCUUCCCUCCUCCUCUUCUCCUAUCACCAAUCUUUCUCUUCCACAGACACUUAACGAUGAGAAGCCUCGGGCCAAAAGGCAUCGGAUUGCUCCUCCUCGUCUUUCUUGUGACGUGCUCCAACUUUCACGAGUGUGAGGGAAGGAGAGGCAAGCACCGGAGGGCAAAGCAAGCGCCCUCUUCUUCCUUAGCUAGAAAGAAAGCAAAAGGAAACAAUGGCGGCGACCGCCGCCAUGGCAGCGGUGGUGGGUCGGGUGGGCAACCGAGACCGACCCCAGAAACAAUGGCAGCAAUGUUCGAUGUGCUCGAUUUCGGGGCCAAGGGGGAUGGCAUGACUGACGACACCAAGGCUUUUGAGGCCGCAUGGGCUGCUGCGUGCAAGGUGGAGGCUUCCACGGUGAUCGUUCCUGCGGAGUUCGAGUUCCUCGUUAGGCCAAUCUCAUUCUCAGGUCCAUACUGUGAGCCCAACAUUGUGUUUCAGCUGGAUGGAACGAUCGUUGCUCCGACAAGCGCCGGUGCAUGGGGUGCAGGCUCGCUGCAGUGGCUUGAAUUCACAAAGCUGCAGGAAAUCACCAUCCGAGGCAGUGGAGUGAUAGAUGGCCGAGGUAGCGUCUGGUGGACGAAUUCCGACUCUGACAUCGAUCCGAUAAAUGGUGAGCUCGGUUCAAAGAUGCCACAGAUCAAACCUACCGCCCUAAGAUUCUACGGGAGCUACAACGUGACAGUCACAGGCAUCAGGAUCCAAAACAGCCCACGGUGCCACCUCAAGUUCGACAACUGCGAAGCUGUGGAGGUCUUCAACAUUACAGUGUCUUCUCCAGGUGACAGUCCCAACACAGACGGAAUCCAUCUUCAGAACUCCAGAAAUGUUUUGAUCCAUCGUGUCGACAUGGGAUGUGGCGACGAUUGUGUCUCCAUCCAAACAGGCUGCUCGAACAUCUACAUACAUGACGUCGAUUGCGGUCCCGGGCAUGGAAUCAGCAUCGGGGGUCUCGGCAGGGACAACACCAAGGCAUGCGUCUCCAACAUCACUGUGAGGGACAUCAACCUUCGCAACACGAUGACCGGUGUCCGAAUCAAAACCUGGCAGGGUGGCUCUGGCUCUGUUCAGGCCAUACAAUUCUCGAACAUAAAAGUUUGGGAGGUCCAAAUACCGAUGGUGAUCGACCAGUUCUACUGUGAUCGGAGCUCCUGCGAGAACCAGUCCUCGGCAGUGGCACUGUCGAGCAUCGCGUAUGAGAGCAUUAGGGGAACCUUCACUGUGAAACCAGUUCACUUGGCGUGUAGCGACAGCUCUCCUUGUUCGGGCAUCAGCCUCAGCGAGGUGGAGCUCGAGCCACUGCAGGAACGCUACCACAUGACCGAUCCCUUCUGCUGGCAGGCAUUUGGGGAGCUGUAUGCCCCGACCAUUCCUCCCAUCACCUGCUUGCAGAUCGGCAAGCCAGCAAGCAACAGGAUCUCGACCGACCACGACUUGUGCUGAUGGUGGUCGUUCGUGAUAGAAAUAAUAGAAGAUAAGAACAAUAAUUGAAGAAGCUUUAUUGUAGAAAUGAAAUAGCUUUAGCUUGAAUCUAUUAACAUGUUCCCUCUCCUAUUUAUACAAAUUAGGAGGAAGGAUUUCCCUAACAGAAUAGAGGAUUUUCCUGAGAAAUUUCCUCGUAUAGUUAGGAAAAUCUUAUCUUCUAUCAUGCCCCCGCAAGAUGGUGCUCCUGACAAGGAUACCAAUCUUGGAUCGAUGCAAAGAAUUGUUUACAAGUGAAAAAGAUGGUGCUCCUGACAAGGAUACCAAUCUUGGAUCGAUGCAAAGAAUUGUUUACAAGUGAAAGGCUUCAUGAGUA